AGUUCUAAUAAAAUGCCAGGUGGUGGACGAGGUAAUCGGCGAGAUGUUAAACAUUUGUCAAAGAAUCGUUUUUCGCGGUUGGAUUCCGACAUCGUGAGCUCCUACGUGGAUGAUGACGAAGAAGAGCGUCCUCGACCUCGGCAAGGUACUGUCGGUCGUGUCAUCAAUAUGCUCGCCGGUCGUGUUAUGCACGGCGGUGGUAACCGAAGAGGCAAGAAGGACGAGCAGACAUUUCGAAGUGCUGCAGGAUCUGACUGGAUAUAA